AUGGAAAACAUCGAGUUCUUCACAGCUCAAUGCAAGAAAGCAGGAGUCAAGGACGAAAACAACUUCAUGACAGUUGAUUUGUACGAGAAGAAGAACAUGGAGGCAGUGAAGAUUGCAAUUGUGGCAUUUGCAAGGGCACUGAAUAGCAGUAACACGGGUGUGCACCUGAUUGGACCAAAUGAGAUGAAGACGGGUGAGAAGACGAGAGACCAUAACUCGUCUGAAUCAGCCAUGACGAAUAAAUCAGUCAAGUAG